CAAACCCCUUCUUUUGUGUCAAGUCCACUUCCAAAAUGACGUUCGAAGCCAACAACCCGGCGUCGGUUUCGCGCAUCUUCAGCGCGUCGCGGUGGCGCUUGGACGGACGCACGGCGAUCGUCACGGGUGGCUCGAAGGGAAUCGGACGUGGCUGCGUGCUGGAGCUCCUUGCGCUCGGGGCACGCGUGCUGGUUGUCGCUCGCGGCGAGUCGAGUCUGAACGACCUCCGCUCAGAGCUCACGUCGAACGCCGCCAUCACUUCAGCGGCGGCGGUGGGAGCCCACCAACAGUCGCCCGUCGUGGAUCGCUUUGAAACGCUGAGUGCUGAUCUGUCCACGGCAGAGGGCGUCGAGCGCGUCGUUGCACGCGCGCGCGAGCUGUUUGGUGGCAGUCUCGACAUUCUGGUCAACAACGUCGGAACAAACGUUCGCAAGAAGGCGAUCGAGUACACCGAGGCCGAGUAUCACAAAGUCCUCAGCACAAAUCUCGAGUCGACAUUUAUGCUGUCCGUCAAGCUGCACGAUCUGCUCAGGCGCUCGGCCACUGGCGGAAGUGUGGUCUGCAUUGGAUCCGUUGCAGGGAUCACUGCGAUGCGCACGGGUGUGCCGUACGCGAUGACGAAGGCUGCAAUGAUCCAGAUGUGCAAAAAUCUUGCCGGUGAAUGGGCGGGUGACAACAUUCGCGUCAACUGCGUGGCGCCGUGGUACAUUCGCACGCCGUUGGUCGCUCCAGUCCUAUCAAACGAGACGUUCAUGAACGAAGUGAUCGCCCGCACACCCAUGAAACGAGUUGGAGAGAUUGAGGAAAUCUCGGGCGUUGUCGCCUUUUUGUGCAUGACUCCUUCGUCCUUCGUGACUGGCCAAACCAUGAGUGUCGACGGUGGCAUGACGGUUUAUACAUUUUGACGCAUGGAGCAGUGAAAUUUAGAACGUAGCGCAAGAGUAAACAAUGCAAAACAGCAUCAUCAUCACGAUCUCCAUCAUAACCCGUGUACUCAAAUCAACAUCGC